CCAUCUUAACGAAUUCAAAACAAUUCAAAAUGAAAUUCGCAAUUGUUCUAUUCGUUCUUGGCCUUGUCAUUGUGACUAUUGCCGGCGAUUACACUCAUGGCCACAAUGGACAAUCUGCUUGUGAAGAUCCAAGGGAGCAUAAUCAAAAAUUCCAAAAUAAUAAUGACCCAACAAAAUAUUGGACUUGUGACGAACCCGGCAAACCAGCAACUCAACAUAGCUGUGAAGAUGGUACAGCAUAUCAACAUGCGGUAAGGAAUUGUGUUCCAUGGGGAGUCUGGAAGUGGAACGCACCUGUAGAUCCAAUUUCGAUGGUUAUGUAAAAUUGCAUUUUUAAUUGUUUUAUGAAAAAAUUAUUGAAAUAAUGCAUUGAACUUGAACAAUUUUCAAUGUUUGCAAAAAAUGUAAGCAAAUAAAAGCUAUU